AUGGACCCCACUCAAGCUGGACCUUCGAGUCCCAAACUCCAAAGUUCUUCAGAACCAGGUGCAUCUACUCCUUCCCCACCUAUAUUCGCUUCUAUAGGAACGGUUUUGAUCGACGCCUUCGAUUCGCCACCUCGCCCUAUUCUAGAUGUCGAACCUGCACCUGAAGCUUCAACCGAUUCGUCCGCUCUUACGAAAGGAAUAACAGGCUUACCUACACCGCCUACACCCAAUACCGAUACUCCAUCUAGUUCUACGUCUACUAUUCCUCAACCACAGACGAAAUCCUUUUUUCGGCCCAUCGCUGUCCCGAGCGUUUCGAACUUGGUCACUCCCAAGACCUCACCUGUACCUUCUGCUGGACCCUCCACACCGCAAUUAUCCCUCGAUGAUAUCCCGAUCCCAAAUGCAGAUGAGGUCUAUGAGAUGUUAGGUGGUGGAGGGCUUUAUGCUCUUGUAGGUGCCAGAUUAUGGGUGACACCUGAUAAAUUACGUACUUUGGUGGAUAGAGCGCCAGAAGAGGAGGAGUCGGAUGUUCCAAAAGAAGCGGAGGAUAAGCUUAAUGCGUUGGGGGAAGAUAUAUGGGUAUGGAAUAGGGGUAAAGGGACGAAGAUGACUAGAGCGAGAAUACGGUAUGAAGGUGAUGUUAGAUUCUUUCAACACGUUGUCAAAGCUCCUCAUCGAACGAUGAAGCAAUUAUUGGAUUCUCCUCUUUGUGGAGCAGAAUAUCUGCAUAUAAGUCCACCUUGGUCACCUGAAGACGUCUUCGGAUUACUGGACGAAAUGAACUCUCUCAAGCAGAAAAAGUCAAAUGGUAAUUCGGAUAUCAACACUACUUGGGAACCGAAGAUAGUAUUUGAACCUACUCCACCAUCAUGUCAUCCAGGACAAAAAGAAUGGUUGGAAAAGAUCGUACCGUUUAUCGAAGUUUUAUCACCUAAUCACGAAGAGAUUUUCUCCAUACUUGGCAUAUCACCUAUGAAGAUCACCGAUCCUCGACUCCUUACCACCGUAGAAGAAGUCAUCAAGCAUUUUAUCUAUACCAUUGGAAUAGGGAAGAAUGGUAAGGGAAUCAUGAUUGUAAGAUGUGGUAAAUUGGGUUCAUGUGUGGGUACGAGAGACAAAGGGUUGAAAUGGUGUCCUGCCUACUUCCAAGAGGGAGAGAGUAAAUCGAAAGUCAAGGAUGUAACUGGUGCCGGGAACUCCUUCUUGGGCGGUUAUUGUGCAGGAUUGAGUUUGACGAAUAAUGAUCCAUAUGAAGCAUUACUCUACGGUACAGUAUCCGCAUCAUUUGUCAUUGAGCAAUUCGGUCUUCCGACUCUCACUCGAAGUGAUGGUGUGGAGAAGUGGAAUGACGAUAGUCCACAGAAACGAUUAGAGAUUUUACGAAGACGAGUAGAUUCCUAA